AAAAAGGCAUAUGCUCCUCCUAUGUCCUAAGUUCUCUCCCUCAAUCGUCAAAUUCAACUAUUUUUCGUUAUAGUGUCACCGUCGGUGAGUUCAAUAUUUCUUUUAAAUUAAAAGUAAAAACAAGAAACGUUUGGAAAUAAUCUUUCAACCCCCAGAGAUCUGCUAUCUUCUCGUCUUCUGAAAAGCAAUCUAAUUCGAUAUCUUCUCAACGACAACAACGCGAAUAGCUUCCUCCGAGUCCAAGAAAGGUUUGCUAGGUUGUGAUUGAAUGGAGGGGGUUGGCAGUGAGGGUGCCUCAGUGGCAUCACCCUUGUCUCAGUGGGCUCAUGAUGCUUGGAGGCUGUACCAGUAUUAUUUGGAUAAGUCUACCCCUCAUUCGGUGUAUAGGUGGAUUGGGACUUUUGUAGUAAUGGCUAUCUACUGUUUACGAGUGUAUUAUGUUCAAGGCUUUUACAUCAUCUCGUAUAGUCUUGGGAUCUAUAUACUGAAUUUGCUGAUUGGAUUUUUAUCCCCUCUGGUUGAUCCUGAACUUGAAUCUUCGAAUGGGCCUAUGCUGCCAACAAAAGGGUCUGAUGAAUUCAAGCCAUUCAUUCGCCGUCUUCCGGAGUUCAAAUUUUGGUAUUCCUUCACGAAGGCGUUCUGCAUUGCAUUUGUCAUGACCUUCUUCUCCAUAUUUGAUGUUCCUGUUUUCUGGCCUAUAUUACUUUGUUACUGGAUUGUCCUGUUUGCCCUUACAAUGAGGCGCCAAAUUACGCACAUGAUCAAAUACAAAUAUGUUCCAUUUAACAUUGGAAAGCAGAAAUAUGGUGGUAAGAGAUCUUCUGCAAGUAACAGUGGCUCCAGGGGUGACUGAAGCUAUGUUGUUUCAUAAUAGAGCAAUUCGGGGAAAAAAGUAGUCGUCGUGAGUAAUUGUGUUUCUUCAUUUUUUACUACUCCUUUGGGGUGGACAUGCAUUCAAGAUACAAUAGAAUUUAGAAUGUAGAAACAACGUAAAAUUAAAUUGAGCCUUCGCAUAUUAUGAUGGCAGUUGAAGUGCUGAUGUGCAUUGGUGAAAGUCUAUUGUUUAAUACAGCAUAUUAAAAAGAAGUUCAGUUCAAGUAUUUCAGUAUUUGUAAUGAUUAGUUCAUUACAUCAUUCCUUA